AUGUUUGCGGGGCGGCAGCGCCAUCAGGCUGCGGUGGCGCCGCCGCGGCGCAGGAGGUUCGAAGCCGCCGCCGGCAAGGAGGGGGAGCCCACGGCGGCGGAGUGCGCGUGCAGGUCGUGCGCGGCGGUGGCCGUGGCGGACUGCGUGGCGCUGGCGUGCUGCCCGUGCGCGCUCGUCAGCCUGCUCGGCCUGGCGCUCGUCAGGGCGCCGCUCGCCGUCGGCAGGCUGGUGAUCAGGACCAGGCGGAGGCGGCGGGCGCUGCUGCGCGGCAAGCGGGUGCGCGACGUGGCCGCCCCGACGGCGACCGACGACGACGGCGAGAAGGAGGGCGGCGUGCAGGUGCAGACCACGGCGACGGCCACGGGCGGCGUGCAGACCACGGGAGGCGUCGACGAUCACGAGGCGGAGCUGGCGUGGCUGGAGGAGAUGUACCGGACGGGGCGCUGGGGCUUCGGCCGCGUCUCCUUCUCGGCCAAAACCCCGUGA